AUGGGUAAAGACCGACGAUCUGCUGAAGCCAGAGAGAGAAGACAACGUGCUCAGCGCACCAGGCGAGCCAUAGCGCGGUCCCGUCGGAGUACUGGCACGGUACAGCCUACACCACAAGCAAUAAGUCGACCUGAACAGCCUUCAGAGACUAAGCCUAACGGGGACAAAAGUCCACCCCAUAAGGUCGAUAGAAGAGCUGUCGAGCUGUACAAGCGUGCCGUCAAUGCGAACCAUGAUGAGGAGCUUUCCAUCAUCUCAAAAAUUACAGAUGGGUCGUGUAAAGCCGGAAGCUGUGAGUGGGGGACUCUGUGGGGCGGAGUCGAUCCGGCACACCUCUGCCCCUCCGUCUCCAGAAUAAGACAAACAUUGGAUGCAUCUACAGAACGGCUACUGCAACUCCCGUCUAUUGCAAAGCUACAUGAAUGGAUCGAACUGAGCCGAGAGGAGCAAGGAGUUAGAGGAGAUGUUUGGGAGUCGAUUAUACCCGUUCUCAAGGACGAAGCGCUCCGAGUGAGGGAGGAGCUGCGGCAACUCUUCGGUGUUACAGAGCCGGAGUCCGAAGCCUGCGAGAUACAGGCGAGACUACUCGAAGCCUUGCUACAAGCUACCAAUACUGACCCGCUGUUAGUAGAGGACACCGAGUUGCUGCGAAGCAUCUACGAGCAUGGUGGUGUACCUACCGGGAUCGACAGCGAGGUCCCGUUUUCUCCUAUCUGGCCCGAAAUCAACAAGGACGCCGAAGAUCCAGAAUGCGAACUCUCUUAUUUCAGUGGAGACGCAUGGCGGAACUAUAAAUCCGCCGAAGAACUCAACGACAGUGUCAUCGAGUAUCUCAACAAAGAAGUUGCCCAGCAACACAUGGUCCGUUUAGGGCCUUCAGAGAUCCCUGAGGGAGCUACACCUUGUCGUAUUGCCGCAGUGGAGAAGAAAAGCAAGCCAGGUUCCCAGGCGAGUGGUAUACGGGUCAUAGAUGACCUACGCCGUAACAUGGUUAACAGCAAGGUGGAUAAGAUGAGGAAUACAACCCAGUUACCCGGCGUGUUGACAACGGCAUUCAUCGUUAACCGCAUCCGAAGCCACUGGGAGAAGAAAGGACGGCAGUCCAAAGUGGUGUGUAUCGAGAGGGAUAUAAGUGGGGCGUUUAGACAUAUACCUCUCUUGGAAUGGGAGCAACGCUACUUCGUUAACAGGCUGAGGGCGCCCGUGUCCGAGCCAGGAGACGAACAUGUUUGGUACAUGCAUUUACGGCUACCCUUCGGGCUCCGUAGCAGCCCAGUGCUAUGGGUGAGAACUUAUGCGGGUGUGGUCCGCCUAGCGAAGCGUAUUUUCUGCUCAGCAGAUGAUCCGGAGGGGAUGCAGCUCUACAUCGACGAUAGUGGGUAUUUCACUGUGAAGGAGGUGGCGGUUCGCAGACUUAUCUCCCUCCUUCUAUUAGAUGAAACAUUGGGGUUUAUGAAUGCAUACCCGAAAAUUCGAGUAGGAGAGCGGCCGCACCUACUGGGGUUCGAAUGGGAUCUGUCGGAGCCCAGCGUCGGUUUACCACUGGAGAAGAGAGACCGUCUACUGAGUGAAAUAGAUAUUCUAUUGAGCUCUCAUGCAUCUACUGGUAAGGUCGAGAUCGCCCGCGUGAAGUCGCUGGCAGGUAAGCUCUCAUGGUUAUGUCAUGUAUGCAGAGCCCUCCGCCCUUGCCUCACAAACGUGUAUGCGACUAUGGCGUCUGCUGACACCUUACGUAAGCAGUACCCUUAUAUGAAGCACAUACCUCUAGCUAAGGCCGCGAUCCCCGACUUGGAGAUAUUUCGAACGGCUAUUGCCUACGGUGAUGCUGGCACCUCCGAAAAUAACGGGGGUUACUUAUCGAGAAUUCCAGCUACUUUUCUCAUAGGAUACUCCCUAGACGAGGAUUUCGAUGUCGAUCGAGUUACUGUAUGUGUCUCUGAUGCUUGCUGCACAGGGAUCGCAGGCACAGUAAUUACCGGCGGUCGCGCAUACUGGUUUAUGAUGCAGCUACCAGACCCCCUCAAUUCGCCAUUGUCGGAUCUUAUUCAGCCGGCAAACGCAGUUAAGUGGAGCCAUCGGGACAUGGCACCCCUGGAGCUGUUGGCGUGCUACUGUUGCUGUCUAUUGGCGCCAAACGACCGGCCUGCUAUAUUUUUGUGCGACAAUAAGGCAUGCGUCGAUUCUCUCAACGCACUGUCUUGCAAAUCACCCCGAAUGAAGGCAGUCAUGCUCCAAAUUUCGAGGGCCUGGCGCUAUGGGAGAGGUCUCCGGGCCUUUCACCUCGACAGCAAGUCCAACUGGUUGGCCGAUGAUCUGUCGAGGAUGCACUCGCCUCAACAGGCCAGAGAGUAUAUGAAGGGGUCUACGAUGACCGAGGUUGACAUGGCUCUUCUACUUCAGAGUCUCCCACGAUGA